AUGAGCUAUUUCGACUAUAGCCACUUUCAAAAUCGGCCGGAAGAGGUGAAACAAUCGCUCACCUACAUGAUCACCAAGGCGUCGGAGGCGAAGCGGAUCAUCGAGGAUUUGAUCUAUUUGCUGAACCAAGAGGAGAGCGUGCCGUAUCCAGACAUGUUGGAGAAGUUCACGUCUGUCGUCUCCACAUUUUCGCAGUUACAAACGUCCUUCCGGAGAUCGGGCAUCCCCACGUUGAGCCAAGAGGAUCAUGGCCUGAUAUUGCGAACAAACGUGCUCGUCCCGCAGCUACUGAGCUUGGAGCCGAAUCCUCAAUUACAGGAGACCUUGGAAAAUCGGGUGCACUCCUGGAACCACGAAGUUGCGCCGGUCUAUUUGAGUACGAAGGGAACACCGGAAAUUGAGAAUGAGGAAGCCGCCCUAGAGCAAGAGCGCCAGUCGAAAGCCCACGAUUUAAUCAAUAAACAGAUUUCCGCGAUGAACAAACACGUCGAUGCGCUCGUCAUCCAAUUGCAAGCUUUAGAGAAGUUGGCGACGAAUGAAGCUGAUGCAAAGCCAACGUACAGCGAAGAGGAGACACGGAAGCUGGUGCGGGCGAUUAUGAACGGCGACACGAUCAGCAUUCGGCCAGCCAAGGUCCAGCCUCAAAACGUGCCACCCGGAGGGAUGAUGGGCCAGCAGCCGCCGGUGCCGGGGAUGCCGCCGAUGAUGCGACGC